AUGGAAGCCACAAUGAAAGUUCUUCAGUACUCAGAAGAAUUUGAGCACAAAUCGAUGGGUUUUACAGCAGAUGGUGUGCUGGAGAACGAUGUUUCAAACAUUUCUCUCGGUUUUCAACAACGUGCCCAAGCAAAAAAUGGAAAACGCGAUCGACGUUUUGAUUUUAUAGUUAGGUGGUGAAGAGCAAUCAUUUCUGGUCAAAGCAAAAUAAACCCGACGGAAAAAGCUUUUGUUCUGAUGAAGUUAUAGGACUUUUACUGAAAGUAGCAGCAUACCCAGAACUGACGCACCGAAUAGAAACUUCCAUAAUUCUAUAGCUCAUAAUCAACCUAUGGAUUACCAGUUAUACCCCUUAAUCCCGUUUUCGAUGAGCUUUUAUUUGGUAUGUAGUUCAUUUUUAUAUCAUUUGUCGUUGGAGCUGUACCCCCCUA